CCGUUACACCUUUUGGUCCACAAAGCGCGCUGGCGCUUGUGCUCGCGCGCGGCGCACACGAGCACCAAGGAAAUGAGCAGCGCAACUCGAGAUGAGGUCCAGCCUCAAAGGGAGGGGCAUGGUGGAGGCGGGGGGCGUGAAGAUUAUCUACCUUGGGAUGACUACUUUAUGGCGGUCGCCUUUCUCAGCGCCAAGCGCAGCAAGGACCCCAACACACAAAUCGGAAGUUGCAUUGUAAACGCGGCGAAUAAGAUUGUUGGCAUUGGUUACAACGGGAUGCCGCGGGGCUGCGACGAUGAUGCCCUGCCAUGGGCACGCGAGGGCCCCUCGGUCCUCGACACCAAGUACCCGUAUGUAUGCAAUGCCGAGAUGAAUGCCAUCUUGAACAAAAACUCAGCCAGCUUGCGGGGCUGUCGCAUGUACACUGCGUUCUUUCCCAACAGCGAAAGUGCCAAGCUCAUCAUUCAGGCCGGUAUCACGGAAGUCCUCUACACCGUUGACCGGUAUGCGGAGCGGCCCGAGUAUCAGGCAGCUCGGCGACUCUUUGCACUGGCCAAAGUCCACUGCCGUCAGCACACCCCCCUGUGUAGUGAGAUCACGCUCGAUUUUGAUGCCGUUGAGUUUCAAGCGUCCCGACAAGCCUCGACCGCAAGUAGUGUCCCCACGUGCGAUGAGGUGGAUGCUCCCAGUGUCAAGCCCAUUGCUGCACAGUUUGCGCAAACCACUCUCCAGUCUGAUUGAGGCCCAGAGGGCCGCCUACUUCAGCCUGCCCUGCUUGAUCGUGCUCUCUUUCUGGACAACUCUCUUCUCUAUGGCCUCUUCACGAUGGUGUCGGCACCCAUGUUCAGCUAAUCGAAUUGAUAAAGGAAGCAAACACUGAUACAAGAGCUCUUCCCAUCAUCUCUCUCCUGUCCUGCCACUGUCAGUGCACCGUUCGUCCACGAGACCGGCAGCACGAGCAGGUCAAACUUUCAUCUCCUUGCUUGCCAUCUUGCCUGCUGCUGGUGUAGGCAAGAUUAGGAAAAGCACCAGCCAUAGACGAGGCUCAAAGCAACGCCGGAGAUCAAACCCAUUCCAAAGUGUAAGACUUGGGGAUCUGAAGCAUGACAGCUUUCGAGAAUAUGAUGACCCAACUGCUGCAAGCCAGCUAUAUAAAAUCUAAAUACCUCAGUCGGAGUGACAGGAGAGCCAAUGGGCUGCAGGAUUGGUUGUGACACGACUUUGGGUGCAGGGUCGUCAGGCAAGGGCUGUUCUGCUUGCGCUGGGACCGUGAUGACCUGGGCAGGAGUUGAGUUGAGCUGGUGUUCGGCUAGAACGCUGUCAAGAUCAGCGAUGAGCUGCUCGCG